GGGUUCAAUUGGAAGUGUAAAGAGAGGCGGUGAACAAGUCGUUUUGGGGUUGGGUCCAGGUGAGCUUUGUGUGGCGAAAAGCCAUCGUAUGACUAUCACCGUUCAUCAAGACUCAAAACACCACGUGCUACUAGUGACAAAUGGCUAUGCAUGAAUGUGAUUUUUAAGGUCUUUCUCUCAAAUAUAAAACACUGUCGGCUGCUUUCUCUCUAAAUCCAACAAUGGCGGCCGCCGUGUCAUCACCAUGCUCAACUCCACUGAUGACCCAGAAACCAAGUCUCAGAGUGGAUAUCAGACAUGGGUUUUUGAAAAGCUUUGAUUUUGGCCACCAGAAACCACUCAAAUGGAAGACUUUCCACCUGAAGGAGUGGGUGGUCUCUGCUAGCACUGACAAUGCAGUUUCUGUCACUGAUCCUGUGCCUUCAUUGAUUCGCUCUAAGGUGAAACGCCAUACAAUUUCGGUGUUUGUUGGUGAUGAGAGUGGAAUAAUAAACCGAAUAGCAGGGGUUUUCGCCAGGAGGGGUUACAAUAUUGAGUCCCUUGCCGUUGGUUUGAACAAAGAUAAGGCUCUCUUUACCAUAGUUGUGUCUGGAACUGAAAAGGUUUUGCGGCAGGUUGUUGAACAGCUCAACAAGUUGGUGAAUGUGAUAAAGGUUGAAGACAUAUCAAAGGAGGAACAUGUAGAACGUGAAUUGAUGCUUAUCAAACUGAAUGCAGAUCCAAGUACCCUCGCAGAGAUCAUGUGGUUAGUGGACAUCUUCAGAGCAAAAAUUGUUGAUAUCUCUGAACAUUCACUGACAAUUGAGGUUACUGGAGACCCUGGGAAGGUGGUUGCUGUUCAAAGAAACUUAAGCAAGUUUGGUAUCAAAGAAGUUGCAAGAACUGGAAAGAUUGCUUUGAGACGAGAAAAGAUGGGUGAGACAGCUCCUUUUUGGAGAUUCUCUGCAGCUUCUUAUCCAGAUCUUGAAAAGUCAAUGGCUAUUGAUGAUAUUGCGGUGAAAGCAAACCGUUCACUCAAUGUUGAUGCCAGUACUGCCUCAAGGGGUGAUGUUUAUCCUGUGGAGCCCUAUGAUGACUUUCGUUUGAAUAAAGUUCUUGAUGCUCAUUGGGGUGUUCUCUAUGAUGAAGAUCCAAGUGGGGUUCAAUCACACACUUUGUCUAUGAUUGUGAAUGACUGCCCUGGAGUUCUAAACAUAGUUACAGGAGUCAUGUCUCGAAGAGGUUAUAACAUUCAGAGCCUAGCUGUGGGGCCUGCUGAAAAGGAAGGGCUUUCUCGCAUUACAACUGUCGUUCCCGGUACUGACGAUUCAAUUACCAAGUUGGUCCAGCAACUUCACAAGUUAAUAGAUCUUCACGAGGUUCGGGAUAUCACACACUUACCAUUUGCAGAGCGAGAGUUGAUGUUGAUAAAGAUUGCUGUGAACACUACUGCUAGGAGGGAUGUUCUUGAUAUUGCCAGCAUUUUCCGUGCUAAAGCCGUUGAUGUAUCUGAUCAUACAAUUACCCUUGAGCUUACUGGUGAUAUAAAUAAGAUGGUUGCACUGCAGAAGUUACUUGAGCCCUAUGGGAUUUGUGAGGUUGCACGAACUGGGAGGGUGGCGUUGGAGCGGGAGUCUGGUGUGGAUUCCACUUAUCUUCGUGGAUACCCCCUUCCAGUAUAAUUCCUCACUUUUUGCCUGUUGACUUGUCCAUCUAGAAAGAGGAAUAAAAAUCUAGUUUGGCUUCCCAUCGUUUGUUUUAGGUCUCAGGGAGAAUGAACCGACAUGCAUGGAAGUUCGAAUCUCUGUAUUUUUAUUUUCCUUUUUAUGUGAUGAGGAGGAAUCCACCGUCUUCUUUCGGAGGUCAUCGAUAAACCUUUGAUAGAUGACCCUACUAACAAGAAUUUUGUUGUACUCCGGGAGGGAUGUAGGAGUAUGGUGCUCAUGCAACCAUGCAGGUUAAAAUUAAGAAAUGAGUGUAUUAUUAGUGCUUAAAGACUUUAGGUUAUCAGCUUCAUGUUGUAUCAGUGUUUAAGACUUAGGUAAUCUCAGCUUUAUGUUGUAUCAGUUGAACAAGUAGAUAUAUCAAAUGAGGGAUCGACACGUUGUUAUCUAGCCAAAGAUAACAUGGAUUUAAUCUUCU